AUGACGCCUCACGUCCCGGAUCAGCCAGUCAAGAAACAAACCAAAUGGUCUUCCGAAGAGGAUGCCCUCAUCAUUGAGCUGCGUGGCAAGAACAUGAAGUGGGAGGACGUCUCGAAACGGCUUCCUGGACGCAGCGCCAUCAGCUGCCGGCUUCACUACCAGAACUAUCUUGAGAGACGAAGUGAAUGGGAUGAAGAGCGCAAGAAUAAGCUGGCCAGGCUGUAUGAGAGGUUCAAAGCUGAUAUGUGGGCCAAGGUAGCUGAAGAGUUGGCAGUCCCAUGGCGGGCAGCCGAGGCCAUGCACUGGCAGCUUGGAGAGGCGGACAUGGCUCGACGGGCUGGUGUGGUUCCCUUCACUCUGGCUAACGUCAACAACGAGUCGGGGAGCAGCAGAAGCGUGGCUAGCCGAUCCCAGGCUCCCAUUCAGCCGCAAGAAACCAGCCGUGAAAUGAAACCACCUUCCCCUCCUUCGAGCUACAGCCGCAGCCAGCUGAUGCCACCCAUCGCCCCCAUGACCCCGGCGCCGCGAACUCCCCGACGAGGACCUAUCAACCCGCCACCGGCUCCCCCCAUGCUGCCUCCGCAACACUUGCAUCAGACACCCCGUUCCCCUCACACAGUCGUACCGGGGCCGGCUCUGCAGCAGCCACCACCGCCACCGGCUCCCGCCGCUGCUCUGUCACACUCUCUUGGUGACUACCGCCGCAGCCCCGGCCCGGGCCUGGCGCCGAUACAACCUCACCCGCCGUCUCAUAUAUCGGGUCCCUUACCGAGUGUUGCGCAACUGACAACGGGUAUGAGUCCAUAUCGUCCGCCGAGCGGGCCGCCGACGCCGACGUCUCUGCCCGCGAUGACCACUACCCCAUUGCCCCGUUACUUGCCCCUUGAACCGACGGCAUCAGCGGGAACCAAACGGCGAGCGAGUCCGGACAUGACACGACCAGACAGCGCUCACAGGAGAAGGUUGAUAUAA